CGGUGCAGCCGCAGCGGACCCAAAUGCUGGUCGCCGGCGCCGCUGUCAAGACGUAACGAUACCAGACUCCGGCAGUAGGAGGAGUAGCCGGUAAAAACUCUCACCUCUCUCCGAGGAGGUGAAGGAGGAUCUCGUAUAAAUCCAGAUCCCAGAGGCAGGGUAAAUCGCUCCAAAAACCUCUUUUUCCAAAAGCGCAGAACGGAAGGCAGGCGCACAGGUAGAGACAGAUCCACCCACCUCUCGCAUCGCCCCACUGCCACCUCGUCGCCGAUCGGGUCCUCCGCGCCCAGAUCGCUUCGUCGCUUCGGUGGGGAGGGUGGCCGAGGGGAGGAGGAGCCUCCCGGAUCCGCCUCGCCGUGAGCUGUGAUCGGGGCGUGAUCCGCGGGGGGAGCAGCAAUGACGGCCGAGGGGACCGCGUGCAACGGCGCCGGCGAGGCGCCGAAGGCGGAGUUCGCCGCGGAGAAGGUGGCCGUGUCGGCCGCGUCGCCGGAGGAGAGGGCGCCCAGGGAGAAGGAGGGCGAUGAGGUCGGCGGGUCCUUCGUGAUCGUGAACGGCGACUCCGACGGGCUCUCCGACCGCGGGUCAGAUCUGGGCAAGAUGCCCGACGAAGACCCUCCCUCGGAGGUGGAAGACGUGCCCGGCUACAAUGCGGCUCCUGACGCGGCUGUGGGCAGAGAUCACGGGGCCGCCGGUGGGGAAGUGGGUGCUUCGGGUGCGGCACUCGGUGUUUCGUUGGUGGACGGGCGCGAUCGUGCUGCUGAGGGGUCUGAGGUUGGUGCGGAUGAGGGCAAAGGUGAGCAAAGUGCCGAUUUUGUUGCCGAAGUAGUGCAGCAGGAGGCCGCCGGUGGAGAGCAGGGUGGGGCAGAAACUAUGGCUGCCUGUGGGAGCGACCGUGCCGUCACUGGUGCUGAUUCUGAUGCUCCUGCUGUGGAUUCCGAGGUUGACGGCAAAGAGGGCACAAGGGAAGAAAGUGCUGCUGCUGAUGUGGCUAAAUCGGUGGUGCACGAGGCAUCUAGUGCAGAACCGGAUGGAGAGGAUGCUGCUGCUGAGUCCCGUGGGCAUGAUGAUUCCCUAACGUAUACGGAGUCCGGUUCUGCUGCCAUGGAGUCUGAGGUUUAUGGUGAGGAUAGCAAAGAAGAACAGAGGGUCUCUGAUGUUGUGGAGCCAGUGGAGCAGGGUACAGCUGAAGCAGGUGCUUUGAUGGCGAAUGGACAUAUUUGUGAUUCAUUUGAAGCUGCCACUGAGGCUGAGAGUCAUGCUGAUGAGAGCAAACCGGAACAGAAUGCCACUGAAGUCGCGGAACUGGUGGACCAGGAUGCUGUCUGUGGAGAACAGGAUGUCGCGGAUGCAUUGCAAACCAAUGGUCAUAUUCAUGUUGCCAUGAGUGCUGAUUCUUGUAUAGUUGUUUCUGAGUCCAAGGUUCAUGCCAAUGAGACGAAAGGGCAAAAAAGUGAUCAGCAAGAGGAGGGAGCGCCAACGACCGAAGCUGAAGUAUUGGAGGGAGUGCUAGAAGCAGUUGGCAGAAAUUACAAUGCAGAUAGUGUCGAGGAGCCCGUAGAAGAGGAAGUUGAUGCAAACGGGCUUAGCUAUGCAGAAGGUAGUUUUGAUGUUUCUGGGGAGCCAGAAGCUGUGAUCGAGAAGGUAGAAGGUGAAGCCACCUGUGGCAUUCUUCAGUUGGAACAGAAAAUGGACAAGGAGGAUGAAGGAAGUUCAUAUGAUGACUGCACAGCUGGUGUUGCUUGUUCUAAUGAGGAAGUAGAGCUUCCUGUGGAGGAAGGAAUUAAUGAAGCUGCCCCAGAUAUUGGUGAGCUGGAGGAAGUAACUGAGAAUACAAGCCAAGAGAUUGUGCAAGGUGACAGAUUGGUCAAGGAUGGGGUUUGUAUCGGCGUACUUCAUUCCUUGAAACCAGAAUCAGAUCCAUCUGUUGAAUCUAGCCUGGAACAGAAAGUCCAGGUAGAAGUUUCUACAGCUGAUGAAACCGCAUCAAAGUCAGAUUUGAAGGCUGACAAUGUGGUGGAAGUGAACACAGAAGCUCCUUUGCACUCUCAGCAGGAUUGUGAUUCUGCUAAAACUGUAGAGCAUGAGCAGUUAGAAGCACCCAGUGUUGGUCAAGCUAAUGAAAUUUACAAUGAUGUAGCAGAAGUGGAACCAAAGAAAGAGGUUGAGAUGGAGGUUGUCGGUGCUGUACCAUUGCAAGCAGCUGAUGUAGCAGAAGCAGAACCAAAGAAAGAGAUUGAGAUGGAGGUUGUCGGUGCUGUACCAUUGCAAGCAGCUGAUGUAGCAGAAGCAGAACCAAAGAAAGAGAUUGAGAUGGAGGUUGUUGAUGCUGUUUCAUUGCAAGAAGCUACAGCUUCUGCAGCCUUUACUUUCCAUGAUGAACCAAGGCCCAUUGAUUUGGUUGACAGUGAUAGCUUCAAGCAUUCUAGCCCGGCUACUGAGCUGGAAUCUUGCGACCACAUAGACACUAAAGAGAGCAUAUCCCGAGAGAUAUCUGACACCACUGUUGAUCAACUUGAAUCUGAUGCUUCUCUGGAACCUGGAACUACUGUGUCCAACAAACCUGGAUUCACUUCUGAAACAGGAGAUGAAUCUCAAGGAAAACCAAGUGACACUGCUGUUGAUCAAGGUGAACCUGUCACCUUGAAUGUAGAUAAACUAGUUGUCGUUGAUGAUGCUCAACCCUGUUCCGCUACAGGGUAUGAAUCUGUUGGGUUUGAUAAAGCUGGAGACAUUUCCAAAAACGACAAAUCAAGUGAUAUUGUUGGUGAUAGCAAAUCACAGGAAGACCAAUCAGAAAUUUGCAAUGCAUCUACUACGAGUGAUGAGUGCUCCUCCAGAAUUGGAAAUAAAGGUUCCUCUCCAAUUAAUGAGGAGACACACAAAUAUAUCUGUUCUGAAAACGUAAAUGCAUCUACUAAAUCUUCUGUUGAGGUUGAAACCAAAUGCUUGGAAGCACUAGAACCUUCAUCUAUCGACACGGUUGUUCCGGCAGAACACAAGGAUGGCGACAAACAUGCAUGUGAUGAAGAGACAAAGAUUGUCAAGGACACCAAUGAGUUGCAUGGAGAUCUGGAUAAGAAUAAUACGGGAGAUGCACAGGUCAUUAGUCAACAGAAGAUAUACAUAAUAAAAGUUCCAAGAUUUGCGGGUGAAGAUCUCUGGGCUAAGAUACAGGAUGCGCAUGUUCAUUUGGAUCAAAUGACCCAGGAAAGAGAUGCAAUUAAUAUUCGUAAGCAAAAGCAAAAGGCUGUAUGUGAUCAAUACAGGGAGAAAUUAGAGGCAGCACGUCGAGAAGAGAGGGAAGCUAGGGCUGCCCAUGUAGAUAAGAAGAAUGAUUUAAAUAGUGUAAGAUCAAUGAUCGGGAAAUUGAACCAAGCAAAUUCAGUUGAAGAAAUUGAUGAGAUGAUUGCGACGAAAGAGAGGAUUAUGCAACAUGAGACCAUUUCUUUGAAAGAAGAAAAGCUUUUAAUUAAAGAGAUUAAUGAACUAAAAGCCCAGCGGAAGCAAUUGUGUUCCAAUAUGGGCUCAAAGGCUGAAAUCAAUGAGGCACUCGACCAAAAAGAUCAUGUUCAUGAGCGGCAUAAGACACUAAAGAAGGACUCUGAUGUUUUGUUUACCAACCUGAAAUAUCUAGAGGAAAACACAAGAAAGAUUCAAAAAUCUUUUGACGAUGAAAGAAUAAUUCUCAGAAAGUUAAAUGAGGAAUAUCGAGCUGCUAAUGAACUUCGUCAAAAGGCCUACAGUGAAUGGUCUCAGCUUAAAGCAGAACCCUUCAAGAAGAACCAGUACUUUUUCAUGUACAAGGAUGACCAGAAGAUUGCGGGAGAUUAUAUACGUUCUGGUGAUAUGUAUGGACUUCAGUUAUACUGUAAUAAUCAGGUUGAGAGAGUUAUGGAAAUAUGGAACAAAGACAAGGACUUCCGCAAGCAGUAUGUUGAAGCCAACAAGGUUAGCACACUAAGGAGAUUAGGAACUCAUGAUGGACGAAGACUUGGCCCUGACGAGGAUCCUCCAGUCAUUCCAAGCAGAAGACCAAGCAAUCCAUCUUCUUCAUUGACUGUUUCAAGCCCAGACGUGCCUAUUUCAACUUCAGCAGCAGCACCUGUAUUAUCUGCUCCAGUUUCAGUCCUCAUCAAAGAGGACUCUUUUCCUGUUUUGCCACCCCAACAGAUCAGUAACCGCGCCAAAUCAAAAGCAUCUGGUAGCUCCGACCAGAAUGAGAAAAUUGCUGUUACAGUGUCAGAGAGAGAAGAUGUAAAACAAACUGAACAGGAAAAGGCUCGUCUAAUGGAGGAAGAAUUGGAGUUAGCAAGGAAGGCAGAGGAGUUGGCCCGAAGGGAGGAGAAAUUAAGAGAAGAGAGGGAUGCAGCUGAAAAGGAGCGGCUCCGGUUGGAGCAAAAGGCCAAAGCUAAGGAGGCUGAGGAGAGGAAGAGGCGGAAAGCGGAGAAGGCCCAGGAAAGAGCUGAAUUCAAAGCACGGAAGGAAGCUGAGAUGAAGGAGAAGAAGAAAGCAAAGAAGGAUAAAAAGAAAGGCCCAGCAGACUCAAGUGCUAUUGGUGAUGGCAAUGCUACAGCCAUGGCUACAGCAGAUACUGACAGUAACGCAUCAGACAACCCAAGGGAUGUUGAGGUUCCUCAGACAGCCCCCAAGAGGCUAUCUAGACCUGCAGCGGCAAUGAAGCAGCUGAACAGGAUACAGCCCAUGCCUGCGCCCCUGCGUAACAGGGGCAAAAGGAAAAUGCGGCAGUACGUUCUGAUUGCUGCGGCCGUGCUAUUAGUGCUCGCGUUGUUCGUGGCAGGCAACUACAUUCCCAGAUUGAAGUCACUUCGCUUCUAAGUUUAUAGGUACUCCCUAUGGAUGACUGAGUCUAUCGGGCACAUAGAUAUUCAACCACUGCCGUAGUGACGAGGAGGUGGUGGUUUCUGAUAGUAAAGGGGCGGCAAUUCUGCUGUGGUGAACCUGGUUGUUCUACCUAGAAUGCUUCCUUUUCUAUUUGGACUGUUCCGGUUGUUAUUUAUUUAUUUUUUCCCUAUAUAGGUUGUGUUGGGGUGCAUUGUGUUAAAGUUAUCCAAUGGUGGUGAAAUAUUCGUUAUAACAUGAUAAUAAUAAAUAUAGAUUCUUUUGUA